GAGAGUGGGUGGUGCUGUUUAGUGUUUAGUGCUGCUACUGAGAAAAAAGAUUUUGCAAAUUUGCAAUCAGUUGACGUUGUGUUGUUGAUGAUAUUAUUACUAGAUGAUUGGUACUAUUUUAGUCUCUCUUAAUUUUUUUAUUUUUUAUUUUCAAGUGUAAAAAAUAGUAGAUUAUUAUUAUUAUUAUUGUUGUCUAUUAAUAGUAUUUACUACAAGUAUUUUAUUACAAUGAGAUAAAAUCAAGUAUAUAUAUCUCUAUCUAUCUACAUAUUUAACUAUCAUAUAGAGACAGUAUAAAUUAUAAUCAUCGUUUUUUUUAAACAAGUACUAUUUUAUAGUUGAUAUAUAAAUAUAAAUAUUAUUAUUAUUAACACACCCAAGCAAAUAAAUACAAAUAUAUGUACAGUAUUUAGCCGGAAUUAAAUUUUUAAAUAAUAAUCAACUUAAAGUAAAGUGUUUUUUUUUUUUUAUAAAAAAGUGAUUUUUUAAUAUUUUUUUUCAAACAACAAAUGAAUGAAACUUGAAUGAAUUUAACUUUUUCAAGUUUAAUAAUUGAUAAUAAUAUAUAUUAUAUGUGCCAGUGGAUAUAGAAGCAGCUUUUAUGACAUCCGGAAAAGAAACUAUGGGGGAGCAGCCAAUAUUCACGUGCAAAGCGCAUGUGUUUCACAUCGACCCCAAGACUAAACGGUCAUGGGUUUCAGCAUCAACUGCUGCUGUAUCAGUAUCGUUUUUCUAUGAUUCAACACGAAGUUUGUACAGAAUAAUAUCAGUGGAAGGUACCAAGGCUGUCAUUAAUAGCACAAUAACACCAAAUAUGACAUUUACCAAGACAUCACAAAAAUUUGGACAAUGGUCAGAUGUCAGAGCCAAUACUGUUUAUGGAUUGGGAUUUUCAUCAGAAGCUGAACUAGGAAAAUUUAUUGAAAAAUUUCAUGAAGUUAAAGAAGCAACAAAAAUUGCUGGAGCAAAAAUUCAAUCAAAUAGUUCAUCAGUAACACCAUCAACUAGUACAAAUGUUAGUCCAAUAACACAACGUUCUUGUAUGCCUUCAACUGAACAAGAUCUUAUUGAUCCACCAAAUUCAUCAAUGAUCAAUUCAAAUAUGUCUGCAUCAAAUAAUCCAAAUCCAAAUACAAAUAUGAUAUCUGCACAAAAUAGUAUAUCAUCAGUUAGCAGUAGUAGUAGUCCAUUACCAGGACAAAUUAAACCAGAUGACGAAUUAAAAAAUGCAAUUUAUGCUCGACAACAACAUCAACAACAACAACAACAACAGCAGCAGCAGCAGCAGCAGCAACAACAACAACAACAGCAGCAACAACAACAACAACAACAACAACAACAACAUCAACAGCAACAACAACAGCAACUAUUACAACAACAACAACAGCAACAAUCAAUUAAUAUGAAUCAACAAAAUACUGAUAGUCCACAACAUCAAGGAAAAAUUGGACAACAACAACAACAAUCAUCAUCAGAUACACAACUUAAAUAUGAAAAUGAUAGACUUAAACUUGCACUUGGUCAAAGUUCAGCAAAUGCUAAAAAAUGGGAAGUUGAAUUAUCAACAUUAAAGAUGAAUAAUGCAAGAUUAACAAGUGCACUACAAGAAUCAACAGCAAAUGUUGAUGAAUGGAAACGUCAAUUGCAACUUUAUAAAGAAGAAAAUAUGCGAAUUAAAUCCAAAUAUGAUUCAUUAGAAUCUGGUAAAAUUUCAGAGGGUAAUUGUGAAGCACUUAAAUUACGAGUUGAAGCAUUGGAAAAUGAAUUGAGAACAAGAAAUGACGAAUUAAAAGCAUUUUCAAUGGCAGCUAAAAAUAAAGAUUUUAUGGCCUUGCAAAAAGAAAAUGAUGAAUUACGUAAAAUGUUGAGUGUUGUACAUGAACAACUUGAGCUUGCAAUGGGUGCAAAUAGAGUUCAAAAACAAAAUUUGGAUACUCUUAAUUCAAGAUUAGCUGGAUAUAUACAAGAUUUAGCAACAGUUCAUCGAGAAAUAACAAAUACACUUCAGACAUAAUUUGUUUUUGUUUUUUUAUUAAAAGAAAUAAAAUAAAUUGUGACGUAGGGGACGCAACGACGACCUGAUAUUAUGAUAGGUAAAUA